CUAUUUUGACCAAUGGAAAUACAUUCAUCAUCCCUCUCUUUCUUCCCUUCUUCCUCCCUAUUUCUCCUUUCCUUUCUUCUUCCUUGUGGAGCAUACCUAAUUCCCUCCUACCUAUUUAUUCCAUUUUCCCUUUUCAUAUGGAAUUCUGUCUCUAAAACUAAUUCCUUUUAUCUCCUUUUCUUUUCUUCUUCGUUGUUAUAACCAUGGGUGUCUGUCUCUCCACCAUCAAAGUUAGUGGUUCAAGCAGCAACUCCGCCUCCCACUACCGCAAAGAACAACGAUCAUCCGUCGCAGAAACAAAGAUCAAUGCAGAAAAAGAUUCUCAGAAGCCUAAUAAUCGAAAGGGUCAUCAUCAUCAGCAACAUGUGAACAGUUCUGUGCCUCCAAAAAAUAAACAAAAACCAAGUACUAGGAAACAAGGUGGGAUCAUCCCAUGUGGCAAGCGUACGGAUUUUGGGUACCAUAAGGAUUUUGAUAAGCAUUACACGAUUGGGAAAUUGUUGGGACAUGGGCAAUUUGGUUACACCUAUGUUGCCAUAGGCAAGGAGAAUGGGGAUCGUGUUGCCGUUAAGAAAAUUGAUAAAAAUAAGAUGAUUCUUCCAAUUGCUGUUGAGGAUGUCAAGCGAGAGGUCAAAAUAUUGGAAGCACUGAAAGGCCAUGAGAAUAUGGUUCAAUUUUAUAACGCAUUUGAGGAUGAUUCCUAUGUGUACAUUGUUAUGGAAUUAUGUGAGGGUGGAGAAUUGCUGGACAGAAUUUUAGCCAAAAAAGACAGUCGUUAUAGUGAAAAAGAUGCUGCAGUGGUUGUACGGCAGAUGCUCAAAGUUGCGGCUGAGUGUCAUUUGCGUGGCUUGGUGCACCGUGACAUGAAACCUGAGAAUUUCCUUUUCAAGUCAACCAGAGAGGACUCACAUCUGAAGGCUACAGAUUUUGGUUUGUCAGACUUUAUCAGACCUGGGAAGAGGUUUCGAGAUAUUGUUGGCAGUGCCUAUUAUGUUGCCCCUGAAGUACUAAAAAGAAGGUCAGGGCCUGAAUCAGAUGUAUGGAGUAUCGGUGUAAUUACCUACAUUCUACUCUGUGGGAAGCGUCCCUUUUGGGAUAAGACCGAGGAUGGUAUAUUUAAGGAGGUACUGAAAAACAAGCCUGAUUUUCGUCGGAAACCAUGGCCGACAAUUAGCAAUGGUGCUAAAGACUUUUUGAAGAAAAUAUUGGUGAAGGAUCCUCGGGCUAGACUGACAGCAGCUCAGGCCCUAUCACACCCAUGGGUUAGGGAAGGAGGAAAUGCAUCUGAUAUUCCCGUUGAUAUAUCUGUUUUGAGCAAUCUCCGGCAAUUUGUGAAGUAUAGUCAAUUGAAGCAGUUUGCUCUGAGGGCAUUGGCUAGCACACUUAAUGAAGAGGAGAUAGCCGAUCUUCGGGAUCAAUUUGAUGCAAUUGAUGUGGAUAAGAAUGGCUCUAUUAGCCUUGAAGAGAUGAGACAGGCCCUUGCUAAAGAUGUUCCUUGGAAGCUAAAGGAAUCACGAGUGCUUGAGAUUCUUCAAGCGAUCGAUAGCAACACAGAUGGACUUGUUGAUUUCACCGAGUUUGUUGCAGCAGCUUUACAUGUGAAUCAAAUGGAAGAACAUGAUUCUGAUAAGUGGCAGCUGCGUUCACAAGCUGCAUUUGAGAAAUUCGAUGUAGAUAGAGAUGGUUUUAUAACUCCGGAGGAACUAAGACUGCAUACGGGCUUAAGAGGUUCGAUUGAUCCUCUGCUUGAGGAGGCCGACAUUGAUAAAGAUGGAAAAAUAAGCCUUUCAGAAUUCCGACGACUUUUACGAACCGCAAGCAUGGGUUCACGUAACAUAACUAGUCCAUCUUGCAGGAACAACAGAAGUUGUAGAUUAAACAUGAAAAGAGAACAAGAAAAACAGACCCUAUGUUUUUCGGAUUGUGCUCAUCCAUCUACCGGCCUCCAUCAGUACUUCUAGGGAUCCCUUUUUCACUAGAGUUUCGUUUGAUGGCAUCUGCUUAAAGGUAUUGGAUAUAAGAGUUGAUGUUAGGCUCUGGUUGUGGGAUAGCUCCAGGUAUAUCGUCAUUCUAUGUACAUAUCUUUGGUUGGGGUAUUUCCUGUUUUGCCCUCCUAAUUUGUAACAUGUGACUAAAUAAAAUUAUCAAUGAAAAUAUGGUGCAUCGGAAAU